AUGCAGAGCAGUGACUUGAAGUGGUUCCUGGCGAGCGAGUCCCCGACGAAGGCCAUGGACUUGCCCCUCAUGGCCUCCAAGAACCGCCCGGCAUCGAAGCGGGGGAGGUCGCAGCCGUCAGGCUUCCACCGCCAGCGCAUGAGGUCGAGACCGCCCGGCUUGCCGAACUUCAUGCAGUUCUGGAGGUCGUCGAUGAACGGGCACGUCAGGUUGGUGUAG